AUGACCAUCUCUCUGGGCCCAGGAUCACAGCUCCUGGUUCAAGGAACAGCCCCUCCAUUGCCACCUGGCCGGGGAGAAGCAGAACCACCGUUCUGGACAUGUGCGAUUGAUGGAAGAACAAUUCCCGCAUCACCUGGUCCUCUCCCAGGUCUUCACCGGUGGCCUCUCUGCGGCCUCCCACAGGAGCUUCCAGAGGGAGAUCAUGUGUUCACCAUUGACGUCGACCGGUCCGCCCAGGGAUCUACAUUCUACGUCGAUCAAAUCACCUAUUUCCCAUUGGAGGACGUAAGGGACACUUUGUCGAACCCGGUGGUUAUUAUCGAUAUAGACGACCCUGCAGUAGAGUACCUGAGAGGGCGGUGGUCGACGGAUCAGGGAAAUGCCAGGUGGUCGACGGAUCCAGAUGCAAGAAUUAGGGUGAACUUUACAGGAACCAAGGCUAAUUGGGUAGGCCGAGUCCUUCGAGCGGACUCGCAGGGAGACUCUUCAGGAACGUAUGUUGUCGAUGGCCAGGAUCCAGUCCCAUUCAGAAUACGGGGAGCACGACCCGGGGAGGAACGGGUGUUCGGUGGAAUAUUGUUCGAGACCGAAAGGCUACCAAUGGGCGCUCAUACACUGGACGUGGCUUGGGAGGGAGGCAACGCACCGUUCACCUUUGACGAGCUUCUGGUGCAAGAUGGAAGCAUAAUGGCUGAAGCUAUAUCCGUCGCUCCUUCAAACUCUGUGGGUUCAAGUCCCGUAGAUCCAGCCCCCGUGGAAUCAACCCUAGCUGGUAGCUCUUCCUCCUCCACUUCGCUUCAUCCGAAUUCAACUUCGCAGACUGGCGAGCAUGAAUCCUCACAGCCACGUUCCGCUAGUCAGCCACUAAUCUCGACAGACCCUUCGGCAAUCCCAAAACCGAGCACGAUCACCCAAACCGAUACGGAUAAUGAAGGCAACCAACAGAUUAUUGGGGCCAUCGUCGGUGGUACCUUAGGUGGAGUCGCCUUGCUUUGCUUGACGAUAUUGCUCGUGUAUUUCAUGAUGGCGCGCCACAAGGCGAAGACGGAAGAGCCACACCUUAACCAAACAUCCAACUCCGGCACUCGACCUGCACUUCAGAGCCCCGGGUCGCUCUCGCAUGCGCAAAUCUCACCACUUUCCAUUGAAAUAGGCUCAACUGUCGCAUAUCACCGCAAGGGGAGUCGUGUUACAACCACGCCGGAGUCAUCAAGUUCGCUGGGAGCACCAACAAUGGCGCAGCGCAGUGCACAACGGAUUAUCGUUCACCACGAAGAUAGCGGCGCUCGGAUGGAGCAGCCGGUAGCUCUUCAUGUACCCCCCGCAUAUACACCCUGA